UGGUGCAGCGGCGGUUGGGGUGAGACCUCGCACCCCACCCCUCCCCUCCUCCGGUCCCGGCCCCCACCCCGCCGGGCCCAACCCCGGCCCCGGCCCGGGCCCCAGCCCUAGUCCCCGUCCCAGCCUGAGCCGGGCCCGUCCCGUGCGGGCCGGUGCCGCCCCUCAGCCGGCGACGCCCCGGGCCGCCCGCCCGCCCGCCACCAUGGAGCUGGAGGACGGUGUGGUGUAUCAGGAGGAGCCCGGUGGCUCCGGGGCCGUGAUGUCGGAGCGAGUGUCCGGCCUGGCCGGCUCUAUUUACCGCGAGUUCGAGCGGCUCAUCGGGCGCUACGACGAGGAGGUGGUCAAGGAGCUGAUGCCGUUGGUGGUGGCAGUGCUGGAGAACCUGGACUCGGUGUUCGCGCAGGACCAGGAGCACCAGGUGGAGCUGGAGCUGCUGCGGGACGACAACGAGCAGCUCAUCACCCAGUACGAGCGGGAGAAGGCGCUGCGCAAGCACGCCGAGGAGAAAUUCAUUGAAUUUGAAGACUCUCAAGAACAGGAAAAAAAGGACUUACAGACCCGAGUGGAGUCUUUAGAAUCUCAAACAAGACAACUUGAGCUCAAAGCAAAAAACUAUGCUGACCAGAUUAGCAGACUUGAAGAAAGGGAAGCAGAACUGAAGAAGGAAUAUAAUGCACUACAUCAAAGACACACUGAGAUGAUCCAUAAUUAUAUGGAACACUUAGAAAGAACAAAACUUCAUCAGCUCUCAGGGAGUGAUCAACUAGAAUCCACAGCUCAUAGUAGAAUUAGAAAAGAACGUCCUAUAUCAUUAGGAAUUUUCCCAUUACCUGCUGGAGAUGGAUUGCUUACACCUGACACUCAGAAAGGAGGAGAGACCCCUGGAUCUGAGCAAUGGAAAUUUCAGGAAUUAAGUCAACCACGUUCUCAUACCAGCCUGAAGGUCAGCAAUAGUCCCGAACCUCUGAAGGCUGUAGAACAGGAGGAUGAGCUUUCUGAUGUUAGCCAAGGCGGAUCUAAAGCUACCACUCCAGCAUCAACAGCUAAUUCAGAUGUGGCAACAAUUCCUCCCGAUACUCCAUUAAAGGAAGAAAACGAAGGAUUUGUGAAGAUUACAGAUACACCAAAUAAGUCAGAGAUAAGCAAACACAUUGAAGUACAGGUAGCCCAAGAAACUAGAAAUGUAUCUACUGGCUCUGCUGAAAAUGAAGAGAAGUCAGAAGUUCAAGCGAUCAUUGAAUCUACUCCUGAGUUGGAUAUGGACAAAGAUCUCAGUGGAUAUAAAGGUUCAAGCACUCCCACCAAAGGCAUAGAGAACAAAGCUUUUGAUCGCAAUACAGAAUCUCUCUUUGAAGAACUGUCUUCAGCUGGCUCAGGCCUAAUAGGAGAUGUGGAUGAAGGAGCAGAUUUACUAGGAAUGGGUCGGGAAGUUGAGAAUCUUAUAUUAGAAAAUACACAACUGUUGGAAACCAAAAAUGCUUUGAACAUAGUGAAGAAUGAUUUGAUAGCAAAAGUGGAUGAACUGACCUGUGAGAAAGAUGUGCUGCAAGGGGAACUGGAGGCUGUGAAACAAGCCAAACUGAAGCUAGAGGAAAAGAACAAAGAAUUGGAGGAAGAGCUUAGGAAAGCUCGGGCAGAAGCUGAAGAUGCAAGGCAAAAAGCAAAAGAUGACGAUGAUAGUGAUAUUCCCACAGCCCAGAGGAAACGGUUUACUAGAGUAGAAAUGGCCCGUGUUCUCAUGGAGCGAAACCAGUAUAAAGAGAGAUUGAUGGAGCUUCAGGAAGCUGUUCGAUGGACAGAGAUGAUUCGGGCAUCACGAGAAAAUCCAGCCAUGCAGGAAAAAAAAAGGUCAAGCAUUUGGCAGUUUUUCAGCCGACUUUUCAGCUCCUCAAGUAAUACGACUAAGAAGCCUGAACCACCUGUUAAUCUGAAGUACAAUGCACCCACCUCUCAUGUUACUCCUUCUGUCAAGAAAAGAAGCAGCACCUUAUCUCAGCUCCCUGGGGAUAAGUCCAAAGCCUUUGAUUUCCUUAGUGAAGAAACUGAAGCUAGUUUAGCCUCACGCAGAGAACAAAAAAGAGAGCAGUAUCGUCAGGUAAAAGCACAUGUUCAGAAGGAAGAUGGUAGAGUACAGGCAUUUGGCUGGAGUCUGCCUCAGAAGUACAAACAGGUAACCAAUGGUCAAGGCGAAAAUAAGAUGAAAAAUUUACCUGUGCCUGUCUAUCUCAGACCUCUAGAUGAAAAAGAUACAUCAAUGAAGCUGUGGUGUGCUGUUGGAGUCAAUUUAUCUGGUGGGAAGACCAGAGAUGGUGGUUCUGUUGUUGGAGCAAGUGUAUUUUACAAGGAUGUUGCUGGUUUGGAUACAGAAGGCAGUGAACAACGAAGUGCCUCUCAGAGUAGUUUAGAUAAGUUAGAUCAGGAACUGAAGGAACAGCAGAAGGAGUUAAAAAAUCAAGAAGAAUUAUCCAGUUUAGUCUGGAUCUGUACCAGCACUCAUUCGGCUACAAAAGUUCUUAUUAUUGAUGCUGUUCAACCUGGCAACAUCCUAGACAGUUUCACUGUUUGCAACUCUCAUGUUCUAUGCAUUGCAAGUGUGCCAGGUGCACGAGAAACAGACUACCCUGCGGGAGAAGAUCUUUCAGAAUCUGGUCAGGUAGACAAAGCAUCUUUAUGUGGAAGCAUGACAAGCAACAGCUCAGCAGAGACAGACAGUCUGUUAGGAGGCAUCACGGUGGUUGGUUGUUCUGCAGAAGGUGUGACAGGAGCUGCCACUUCCCCUAGUACCAAUGGUGCUUCUCCAGUGAUGGAAAAACCACCAGAAAUGGAAGCAGAAAAUAGUGAGGUUGAUGAAAAUGUUCCAACAGCAGAAGAAGCAACUGAAGCUACAGAAGGCAAUGCGGGGUCAGCUGAAGACACCGUGGACAUCUCUCAAACUGGAGUCUACACAGAGCAUGUCUUUACAGAUCCUUUGGGAGUUCAGAUCCCAGAAGACCUCUCCCCAGUGUAUCAGUCAAGCAAUGACUCAGAUGCAUAUAAAGAUCCAAUAUCAGUACUACCAAAUGAACAAGACCUGGUGAGAGAAGAAGCCCAGAAAAUGAGUAGUCUUUUACCAACUAUGUGGCUUGGAGCUCAGAAUGGCUGUUUGUAUGUCCAUUCAUCUGUAGCCCAGUGGAGGAAAUGUCUCCAUUCCAUUAAACUUAAAGAUUCGAUUCUCAGUAUUGUACACGUGAAGGGAAUCGUGUUAGUAGCCCUGGCUGAUGGCACCCUUGCAAUCUUUCACAGAGGAGUGGACGGGCAGUGGGAUUUGUCAAACUAUCACCUCUUAGACCUUGGACGGCCUCAUCAUUCCAUCCGUUGCAUGACUGUGGUACAUGACAAAGUCUGGUGUGGCUAUAGGAACAAAAUCUAUGUGGUGCAGCCAAAGGCCAUGAAAAUAGAGAAAUCUUUUGAUGCUCACCCCAGGAAGGAGAGCCAAGUGCGACAGCUUGCAUGGGUGGGGGAUGGCGUGUGGGUCUCCAUUCGCUUGGAUUCUACUCUCCGUCUCUAUCAUGCACACACUUAUCAACAUCUACAGGAUGUGGACAUUGAGCCUUAUGUAAGCAAAAUGUUAGGUACUGGAAAACUGGGCUUCUCUUUUGUGAGGAUCACAGCUCUCAUGGUGUCUUGUAAUCGUUUGUGGGUGGGGACAGGAAACGGUGUCAUUAUCUCCAUCCCGUUGACAGAAACAAAUAAAACCUCAGGCUUACCGGGAAAUCGUCCUGGAAGUGUAAUCCGCGUAUAUGGUGAUGAAAACAGCGAUAAAGUGACUCCAGGGACAUUUAUACCCUAUUGUUCAAUGGCACAUGCACAACUUUGCUUCCAUGGGCACCGGGAUGCUGUCAAAUUCUUUGUGGCAGUCCCAGGUCAAGUCAUCAGCCCACAGAGUAGCAGUAGUGGCACGGAUCUAACAAGUGAAAAACCAGGGCCAUCUGCACAGGAGCCUGGUAGUCAGACGCCCUUGAAGUCCAUGCUUGUCAUCAGUGGAGGAGAGGGCUACAUUGACUUCCGAAUGGGUGAUGAAGGUGGAGAAUCAGAACUUCUUGGAGAGGAUCUUCCACUUGAACCUUCUGUCACCAAAGCAGAAAGGAGUCACUUGAUAGUGUGGCAAGUGAUGUAUGGCAGUGAGUGAGUCCAUUGGAAACAGGUGGAGAUGGGGAAGCCAUCUCUUCUGCAUGGUUUAUUUUUCCUUUAUUUAAUGCUCUUUUUGUGAGAUAAGUUUCACCACAUAAUGUGUGAGCAUUUUUUCCUGUUAACUUUAUAUUACAAAAUCUGUUCUACCAUAACAAUACAGAGUAACUAGCUGUUAUACUGCACCAGUGUUAUAGGUAACUUCAGAAUAUUAUGAACCAAUCAAAGAAUGUUUACUUCCUGCAAACUGGUGAAUUAUAGAAAGCAAUCCAGAUGUGGUUUACUCUGCCACAGUCUAAUGUCAUUCAUUUCAUUUGAUGGGGUCACUUUUUAGCUGUCACUAAUAGUGGAAUUAAUGGGAAACACUUGAUAAAUGAAACUGUACCCUUAAAUACAAUAGCCGAGUUUUCCCCAGUGUAUUGUAAAAUUGACACACACUAAUAUGAGAUGGAUUAUCAGGAUUUAUCUAAAUGUCCCGAGAGGGCUAAAAGCUAACUGUAAAUUACUCUAACUUUCACUUUCAAAUCUGACAAAUCUUGUUUAUAUGGUAUAUAAAACUUUGUUUUCAUCAGAUUUUCGGGGGGUUUUAUAUUAAAGAAAUUAAGACUACACUAUUUAAAUAAACAUUCCCUGUUUCUGACUUAUUAGAGCUCUAAAGUUUAUGAGGCCUACUUCUCUGAAUAUUCUGAUGGGUUUUUUUUUUUUUUGAGACCAGUCUCAUUUUCAUACUGACAUGUCUGAAAGGUUUAUUAUUUAUAAAGCUUAGAAUGUACUCUGGGAAGCUUAGAAGAUACUUGAGCACUGGGAGGAUUUUUUAAAGGAAAUGUGUUUUGUAUUUCUUGUACCAGAGAAUGGUAAUGUUGAUCGAAUUUUUUCCAUGUAAAAAAUGUACCUGUUUGCCAAAUGUUUCUAGAUUGCUUUUACCUGUUAAUACAAGUAAAACUGUAGUGGGGAUGGAGUCUGGCCUAAGUACCGAAUGAGGGAUUUAAUUAGAAAAGUGAUUUUCUUUUGUUCUGUAUCAAACUGCAGAACAGCUGUAUACUUGGUAUUUUGUAUGUGAAUAACAUUUUAGCUUUUGUGCCCUUUUGAGCUUAAAGGGUUAUCUUCAGACGGGAAACCUAUGAAGGAGAAGACAAAGCUAAGAUACCAUAAAGUAAAGGUUGACAUUACGUAUUUUCAUUCACUAUGCCCAUUAAAAAAAAAAAAAGGAUUAUUUUGGGCAUGAUGGCUCAUGCCUGUAAUCUUAACACUUUGGGAGGCUGAGGCGGGUGGAUUGCUUGAGCCCACGAAAUCAAGACCAGCCUGGGAAACAUGGUGAAACCCUGUCUCUACGAAAAAAAAAAAAAAAAAAAAAAACCCACACACACAAUAAAUUAGCCAAUGUGGUGGUGCAUGCCUGUAGUCCCAGCUACGUGGGAGGUUGAGGUGGGAGGAUCACCUGGGCCCAGGAGGUGGAGGUUGCAGUGAGCCUUGAUAACACCACUGCAGUCCAGCCUGGGUGACAGAGCAAGACCUUGUCCCAAAACAGACAAGCAAACAAUACAUUAAAGUCUGGAUUUAACUGAUUUUCUUACUUAAUAAGUUUUUUAAAACCAUGAUGCUGCAAUUUUUCUCCCUCUCAAGCUUCUUGACAAUAUGUGACUUACCCCUUUUUAUCUGUUACUCUAAGCAAAGCUAAAUACAAUUUUUUUUUGUUUUUGAGACAGAGUCUAGCUCUGUUGCCCAGGCUGGAGUGCAGUGGCAAGAUCUCAGCUCACUGCAACCUCUGUACCCUAGGUUCAAGCAGUUCUUCUGCUUCAGCCUCCCGAGUAGCUGGGACUACAGGCGCAUGCCACCACACCCAGCUAAUUUUUAUAGAGACCAGGUUUCACCAUGUUGGCCAGGCUGGUCUCAAACUCCUGACCUCAGAUGAUCCACCCUCCUUGGCCUCCCAAAGUGUUAGGAUUACAGGCGUGAGCCACUGCACUCAGUUGAAGCAAAGCUAAAUGUAAUUUUACUUACUGAAUUAACAGUAUAAACCUAUAGGAUAAAGGCCCCCUAAUCAUCAGAAAGACGACUGGAAAGGAAAGAAAGCAAAUGGAGAUGUCAAGUUGUCUAAGCAUUCUUAAGUGAUUUUUCUGAACUUUUAUACAAAGAUGUUUGUAAAAAGUACACCAGUGGCUUUUACACAUAUACAUGAUUAGGCUAGAUUGUGAAGUAUAUGUCAUUUUAUGAGUCAGAGAUGUUUGGAUCCAUUGGGCCCACGUGUGUCUAUAAGCACAUUGUGUACACAAAAUUGUAGCCACUCAUGUAUUAAAAGAAAACUGUUUUGGUAAAAGCUGUAUUAAAAGAAUAACUUUUUGCUUGAGCUAGUCACUUUUUUUCAGGGCACCAAAAUUUAGGCUAGUUUUUCAUAGCUUGUUUGCUAUGUUUUUAUUUCAUUUUAAAUCUGAGCCAUUUUUGGCAAUAUCUUUUAAAAAAUCAUUAUGGAACAUUUAUUGGAAAUGUAUAGAGUCACAAGAAAGAGACACCAAAGUGUUUGGGAAUUUUAAUCCCAAGAAGUAAACAUCCCUGAGUCAGAUCCCAUUUGCUGUUGUUCAGCCAUGUUUGUAUGACUGAAUGUAAUUUAGGAAAUCAGGAGUUACAGAUGAAAAAUACAAACAUGUAACAAUGGUUGUAAUUGCUUUUUUUGAACUUACUGGCUUUAACUUAAGUAAUAUAGGUGUGUAGUUAUUUUAUCUAAAGAUGUCAGAUUAUCUGUGGCCCUGUUAAUUAACUGCAGGGAUCAGAGAGAGGACAAAAAUGCCUGUAUAAUUUCUUUUAAAGGCUUGUCCUUAUGUUUGUAAUUUCGGUUAAAUAUUUUCUACAGAUUGCUUCACUUCCCCUUUCCCCCAAUAGCAAGUUUAUAUUCUUGUAAUGUUUACUUUGGUCAACAUGGUAACUUUUGGAAGAAAAUGCCAAAAUGUAAGCUUCUCACAAGCAGCAAAGGGGUGUAACUGCCUGUAGCCACCAUAUCAAAGGCAGAGAAGAGGCUUGUGUACUUUGGGUUGAUCUCACCAUAUAAAAAAAGUGGAAGAAAUAAGGGAUACUUGAGGGUUUCUCAUUUUAUUACACCUGGGUCAUGUAUAAGGUUGAACCAUAUGAAAUUGCCAAUGUUCAACCAUUACUGAUCUACAAAAGUGACAAUAUCAUAUGCCUCAACCUAAUACUUACUAUUAAACGCAGGUUAAAAUCUCUGUGAGGCAAAGGGAUAAUGUUCUCUAGGAACUCACUUUUGAGAGUAUUUUUCUCUAACUCCUGUGGAUCUAAAUUUUAAAAAUAGGAAGGAAUCACCUAAUAACUGCAGCUUGUGGAGAGUGUAAAACAUUUUGAGCACAAUAUCAGCACAUAAACUUUUCAGAUUGUGUUUGCACAGAAAAGGUUAAAAUCAAUUCUUUCACUUACUGCAUUGUUAAUUUCUUAUAAAGGUCUUCCUACAUUUGAGACUAGACCCUUUAACAUAGGCUGCCUUAGUAACAAAAUAAAACGGAUGUCUCAUAAUAUUAACUGUCCUAAAGAACAAGUGUCUUGCAAAUGCCAUGGAACAGAAUAUUUAUUUCCUUGUGAGUAUUAUGACCAUUACCAAAGGACUGAACCAGAUUUAGAGCUCUUCUCAGUUGAUCAUGUUCAGAAAGGGACUCAUUUGUAACAUGAGAAACGUAGAAGAGAAAAUGAAAUAUGGAAAUCAUAAAUGCUUUUCUAACAGGGUUAUGCUAUUCUGUAACACUAAAUGUUUGUCUUUUCUCUUGAAAGGUUGUUUUAUUAAUUUUGCCAUACACUUCUCAAUAUUUGAAUAUAUCUUAACCAUUUUAUGUUCCAAAUUCGUUUUUUGUCCAAGACAUUCUAUCAGAAUUUUACUUGCCUCUAUAAUCUGAAAAAUGGGUUCUAUAAUGUCCCACUUGCUGUCUCUUAGAGACUGAGCUUCAUUUCUAUGAGCAAAAAGCUCAUUUCGCAAUGUAGUUAUUUCAGUAUUUAUUUCUAUGAUGGAAUCCCUGGGGUUCGGAAUGUAACUUUGUACAUGAAAUAUAUAUAAAUAUGUAUAUGAAACAUGUA